AUGCCUGCACCCGCCCGAGGACGAGGAGGUCGCCCAACUCCGCAGGGCCCCUUUGCCUGCCAGGAGUGCGGCAAGGUCUUUGAGCGCAAAGAAUAUCGCGACAAGCAUUACCGGCGGUGCCUCCGCGCCGCCAAUGAACCCCGACAGACCCGGCAGCGCUCGUGCGUCUCGUGCGUGGCCAGCAAGCUCGGCUGCGACCAGCGCCUCCCGACGUGUUCGCGCUGCGCGUUGCGCGGACGGCGCUGCCAGUAUGCGACCGGGCCCAAGUCGCAUCCGCGCAGUGAGCAGCCGGAUACCAACCUCUCGGGCCCUGAAGAGCUCGUUCAACACGAGCUGACCAUCCAUUACGACGACUCCCUUGGUCCUGAGCCUGGACUUGGAGCCGGUGACGAGGAGGCCGAGAUGGAUCUCAACCCAAAUGGCGCCUUGUCGCGGAAUAGCGGUUCCGCGAAUGGACACGGCCUUGGAGAUGGCAAUGGCAACGGAAAUGGAAACGGGGCAUGGGCGAUGAAUAAUGCCAAUGUCGCUGGGCAGCAGAGCCCUGACCGCUCCAUGAAAGAUGUCAAUAUGAUGUCCGAUUGGCUUCGACAGAGCCCGUCACAGCAAGGCUUUCUCCUUAACAAUGACUCUACGUACAGAUGGCCGUCACGCAGUCCGUCCCUGGCCAUGGGUGAGGCAACCUCGAUGGCGCCAGAGUGGGACGAUACGUUCCAGUUUGGGAUGAUGGGGAUGGGCAAUGACAUGAACUUUGAUCUUCUCGGCUCGCUGGGCGUCCUGCCGCCGAGGUCUACGGUCCCAAGCGUGACGCCUGCGCCGCGUCCAUUGUUGAGCAGCAGACGCAAUACAGAGCCAGCGCCGCAGCAGCCACCGCAACAGCAACAGCAACCGUCCACCACACUGAGCACAUCCCACCAGGACCAAACCUUUCGCGACUACAUCCCCACCUCAUACACCCAACAAGCCACCGCAACCACACUCCUCACGCAACCCACUCACCAACUCACCUCUCCAAUAUCAACCUCACCCCCCAGCACAUCCUGCCCCUUCGCCAAACUCACCUCGGACCUCGACACCAUCGACAUCAUCUGCAGCUACCCGCGCCUCAUGCUGCGGCCGGGGAUCUACCCGCCCUUCGUCCACCACAAGAUCUACCCCUGCGCCGAGGGCGAGAUCCUCGAACCGCUGGCCAAAGCCUUCUGCUGCGUCGGCGCGUUCUACGCGUCCGUCAAGACGAGCGAGGGGUUCGUGUAUCAGCUGAUGAAUAACGAGAGUAGGCGGCUUGUCAACGGGUUUCAACUCUGGUCCACCUCGGACCACAGCAUGCUCGCCGCCGUCCACGCAAUGGCCAUCUACCAGAUCCUCGGCUUCUUCACCAGCACGAACCCCGAGCAGACGCGCCUCGCCGAACUCCAGCAGCUGUUCUUCCUCAAGAUGGUCCGCAAGCUGAUAAGCACACACCUCCCGCCGCGCCAGCACCCACCUUCAUCCUCCCCUGCUACCUCCUCCCAAUCCACCAUCAACAACAGCAACAGCAAUAACAGCACCGACGAAGCCAUCUUCGGAACUGACUGGCGCAAAUGGCUCAUCACCGAGACGAUCCGGCGGACGGUCUUCCUCGCAAACACGAUAAACACGCUCUCCUAUCGAACGCAGAAGCAGAAUCCCUACUACUACGAGGCGCUGGAUGAUGAUUCUGUAUUGAAUAUGUUGUUGCCGGCGCCGAUGAGUGUGUGGAAGGCGAGCUCAGAGGAGGAGUGGUUGGCUGCGAGGGGGACUCUGAGUGCGGAGGAGAGGGGGAGGGCGCGGAUGACGGUGAGGAUGGUGCUGGAUCAGGUUUCGGGGCAGAGGACGGGGACUGGAGGCGGUGGUAGUGGUGGGCGGAGUGGGAGGAGGGCGAGGGAUCGAGAAAGAGAAAGGGUGAAUUUUGAGGAGCUGGAUGAGUUUACGAGGGUGGUUAUUUCGAUGGCAAAGGCGUAUUGA